AUGAAACCUGAAUACGAUGUAGUGGUCAUUGGUUCAGGAUAUGGCGGUGGUGUUGCAGCAUCGCGCAUGGCAAGAGCUGGAAAAAGCGUUUGUGUACUAGAACGUGGAGAUGAGAUGUGGCCAGGGCAGUAUCCUCAUACGUUCAAAGAAGCCAUGCGAGAGUAUGGUGUGAGUGGAGGAACAUCUGGUAAAUCGAUCAAUAUAGGAAAGGCGGCAGGGCUUUACCAUACUGUCAAGGGUGAAGGACAAGAUGUCUUCCUAGGUUGCGGCCUGGGAGGGACGAGCUUGAUCAACGCCGGGGUGUUUCUAGAGCCGGAUGAGAGGUUGCUGAAAGCAGCAGAGUGGCCGAAGGAGAUUAGAGAAGAUACCGAGAGCCUUAAGAAGUACUAUGCAAGAGCUGAGCGCAUGCUCCAGCCAACAAGUUUUCCAUCACAUUAUCUGACACCGCGCAAACUGGCCGUCUUUGAAAAACAAGUCAGAGAUCUCGGCUUACUUGAUAGCUUUUACUACCCUCCCCUGACAACAACCUUCCGCCCCAGUAUCAACCGAGCUGGUAUACACAUGCGUGAAAGCACAGGUUCUGGCAAUGAGUCCACAGGUGCCAACGAUGGUUCCAAGAACUCAGUACUCGUGACGUACCUAACUGAUGCUUGGACAAGAGGCGCCGAGAUCUUUUGCGGAAUUGAUGUCAGCCAUCUGAAGAAGAAAGACAAAGGCAAAGGGUACAUAGUAUUCUACGAGGUGUCCAAUGGAAGAGGAAAGAAGAUAGCGAAGUGGGUUAGUGCCGAGGCUAUCUUCCUAGGAGCCGGCUCGCUCGGAACAACAGAAAUACUGCUGCGAUCACAUCGCUAUGGCCUUCGUACGUCGCCUUUGUUGGGUCAAAGAUUCACAGGUAAUGGCGACAUGUUGGCUUUUGCAUACAACUGCAACCAAAACGUUGGAAGCGUUGGCCAUGAACACUUAGACAACGUGAGUUCCAGGUCGUGCGGUCCAACGAUUACCGCUUGCGUCGAUAUGAGAGGCCCCACACAUGCCAAAAGUCUACGGGACGGGUAUGUGAUCCAAGACGGCGCUAUUCCUGAAGCACUGGCGCCAGUCAUUCAAGGUUUGCUCGAGACCCAGACGACUGCCGUGCCGUCGCAAGUGCCUAACACCACACGCAAUUUGCUGGCCAGGUUGAAGGCCUGGAUUUUGGGACCGUAUGCUAAAGGCGGUAGCGUCAACCGAACGCUAGUCUUUCUCACCAUGUCGCAUGAUGAGAACGAAGGGAAGAUGCUACUUGAAGGCGAUGCAGUGAGUUUGCAGUGGUCGGGUAUAGGGAGCCAGAAACGAAGUGCAAACAUUGACAGCGUUCUCCUUGAGAUGACCGAAAACCUUGGGGGUAAACUUGUCAAGGCUCCAUGUAUUACCGUCCAUCCUCUUGGCGGCGCAGUAAUGAGCAAUGACGGAACUAGUCUUGGAGGCGUGGUCAAUCAUUGUGGACAGGUUUUUGAUAGGAGAGGAGAUGAAGUGUACGAGGGGAUCGUCUGUGUAGAUGGCUCAAGUAUUCCAACAUCACUCGGUGUGAAUCCAUGCGCUACUAUCACCGCACUAGCUGAGCGAAGCUGCGACCUGGUCAUGAAAGAGCGUGGUUGGACAGCCGACGACACUUCAAAUGACAAACUUGAUCCCUUGGACGAUACGACCCUUCCCAUACUACUAAAAACUGGAAAACGGCUCGCUCUUGAUAUGAGCAACGAUUCCAUAGAAGGCGUACAGUUUGAGGAAACCAUGCGGGGUCACGUUCACAUCGGCAACGACAUCUCGGACUUUGGUAUUGCAGAAAAGAUAGCGAGAGAGGCUUCUUGUUCAGCUCAACUUGUACUUACGGUUGACACGCGCCGUAUCAGUGAUGAUUCGUACCAGGGUGUGCCAUCUGGGACCUUUGCUUGCGGUGCGUUAUCCCAAGACCCACUCCUCGUCACUGGUGGCAUAGUCGAAUUCUUCACAACCGACGAGAACGUUGCGGAUGCAAUUAACCUCGUGUAUAAAUUAAAUUUUCUCGGCACAGACGGCGCGAAAUACGGCUUCCAUGGCUACAAAAGACUCGAUUCAGCCGCUACAUUCUCGUUCUCGGAGACUUGGGGCGGCACAACAACCUUAUACACAACAAUCACUGGGGACGAUGGCAUAAUAGUCGGCCAAGGUAUCUUACACCUAUCACUCCGCGACUUAUUCUUGGAACUUCGAUCCCUACGAUCUCGCUCAACUAUGGGUAUCGUGAGCGAUAUUCAAGCGCAAGCUCGUUUCCUCAAGUUCUUUGCAACCAACAUCACAUCGUACAUGUUCAGCCCAUUUCGUCGACUCCAGUAUCCAACGCCGCUUACUGACAAAUCGGACUACUAUGAGAAGGCAGUUCCAACUGUGACUAAGCUCACUGCCGAAGACAGAGUCGAGUUUCCGAUUAAGUUAUGGCAUCCUCCAUCCACCAUACACGAGAAACAAACGCCGAUUGUACUUAUCCCUGGUGCAUCUGUAGAUGAUCAAAUCUUCUCUUUGCCAACUAUAUCCACGAAUACUGUCGACUACUUCACCUCGCUCGGCUACCGGUGUUACGUCCCCAUUCUCCGAUUCGGAUUCGGAGAAGAAGCCAGAAAGGGCGACACUGUUUACGAUGCUCGAUUGGACGUUCGAGCCGCCAUGCAGUACGUUCGAGAGAAGGAACAAAAUAGAAGGAUUUACGUCAUUGCUCAUUGCUUAGGAAGCAUAGCAACCGGCAUUGCCCUGCUUACAGGAGAUGUAGAAGCUUCCUGGGUGAAGGGCAUGACAUGCAGUCAAGUAUUCAUUAACCUGAUCUUCAGCCCAGAUAACGAUCUCAAAGCGCGGCACCCAAUUCUCAUAAAGGCCUACGAAACAUUAGCAGGCCCCUGGUUCUCAUGCCACUCCUCUUCGUCCUCGCCAUGGGUGCAGUUCCUGCUGGAUCAGAUACUACGUUUCUAUCCCACGGGCACUAGAAGCGAGAUUUGCAACUCUGCAGUUUGCCACAGAUGCGACGUCCCAUUUGGACGCUGCUGGACGCACGCCAAUCUCAAUCACGCCACACACAAGCAUCUUGGUCACUGGUUUGACGGUACUCAUACCAACUUCGUCUCGCACUUAUCGAGCAUGGGUGCUAUUCCACCUCACCAUGUUCGCAGCAAUAAGUCCGGGGUUGGAGAUCUGGUUACGCCGACGAAUCUAGAGCGGUUAAAGGGAUUGAGUAUCUGCUGGCUGAGUGGAGCUGAGAACGCCGUUUGGAGCCAGCAAAGUACGAAGCAUAGUUUUGAUCUGCUGAGGGAAUGUUUCCCCGAUGGGAAGUAUGAAAGAUUUGUUGUGGAUGGCUAUGGACAUCUGGAUUGUUGGAUGGGUCAGCAUGCGCAUGUGGACGUUUUUCCGAGGGUUGGACGGCAUUUGGAAGUUUGUGAGAGAGCAGAGGAGACCUGUGAGAUGGCGGUAACCGAGAUGGGGUCUGAGGAGGAUGGGUACGUGAACGUAGCGGCGGAGGACUACAAUGGGUAG